GAGUGGCUAGGAUUUUUAAUUACACAGUCCUCUGUUUUACUUCAUUAAAUCGGUAAUAGACUACAGCAGAAAUGCAGAAACGGACAGACUACCCUCCGCGAUGGUGCGCCUCUUUGCCCGAGAGCUUGAAGUCGCAUCUUGGACGCCUUGCGAGGCAGCAGAACGGGCACACGCUAAAUUCCGAGAUAAACGCCAUACACCAGCAUGUGGACGCAUCUCACAAGCAAACCAGCGCUGACCUCGAGAAGGUCCGCCAGUUCAUCUCAGAAGUUUUACAGAAUGAAGUCCAGAGGAAUAUGGCUCUGCGCGUGUUAAUCCAGCGCCUGGAAGAGAGGGCGUCUGAAGGUACGAGGAGCCUAUCAGAUCAGGUGGAGUCAAACCGACAACUGAAGCUCCAGGUCCAUGAACUCCAGAAACACCUGGAGGACAAAGACCACUCACUAGCACAAGCCAACCAGACAGUAGCAUUCCUGAAGCAUCAACUAAAAGAUCUGUAUCAACAGCUGCAAAGCCAUCAGAAUAAUCACAGGACGAUUCAGGAAGUGACUGAGUGGCUGCAGGAUGACGAGGCCAAUCCCAAUGUUGUGGAAUCCGAGACUGGAUGCAGCAGCGGCCAAUCAGAAGCUCCGGUCCCAGGAGGGUCGUCUCUGAUUGGGCGUCUCUCGGGAGGCUCGCCUGUGAUUGGUGAGAUGCAGCUCUUGCCGACGGCUCUCUCUGGGAUUAAAGAGGAAGAGGCUGAUGCUGGAUAUGAGCACAGCCAGACAGAUGGCGAUGGGGCGCAGACUGAGAGGCAGCAGGCUGUCCCCUUACCUGUCAACAUCAAGCUGGAGAACAUGGAGGAUGAGGGUGGGUGUGAGGAGGGCUCAACCAAAGCCCAGACACAGAGCUGUAGAGUGGGGAGCCCAGGGGAACCACCUGGACACG